UGGACCAAUGGGAGGCAGAGUCCGCUGCAGCUCGCUCCACACUGACUGAAGUCUGCGUUGUGAUUUAAUCAUCAGUGUUUCACCAUCAGCUCCACCAGCGCAGUUUGCACUUGUGAACAUUGAGCCCUGAUCCUCUGUUCAUUCGAGACCGCGCUGCAGCCAUAGUCAGCGAGAUGGAGGAGGAGACCCGGUCUUUCUUGGGGAGGUUUGUGGACGAGUUCCCAGCUGCUCUGGAGGAAGACAGUCCGCUGCCCGUCAGCCCUCUGAGUCGCAAAGUCUCUCUGGAAGAGCUGCAUGGAGAGAGCCUGGAGCUGGGCCUGAGGCUGCUGACUGCCAGGGGUGCUCCUGCAGUCCUCAGUGCCCUCCUGUGCCAGGCAGCGUUGUCUCAGCUGCUGCAGGAUGACCUUUCACGUUUCCACUGCCCAGAGGAAACUGAGGCCAACCAGGAAGAAGAACAGAAAGCAGUCUUACUUCAGUCAGAGGCAGUCCAACGUCUCUUCCUCAAUAAGCUGAUAGAUGUAGCGCUGGCGUGGCAUCAAAACUUCCUCAAGCCUUCCCCGUCCCCUUCCCAGUUCCGCCGCUGCUCUGUUCAUGCCAUCAAGAACACAAGGAGAAAGAUGGAGGACAAACAUUUGGCCUUAGCUGAGUUUAACCAGCUCUUCGGAAUCCAGGAUGGAGUGGAGCGUGCCUACUACGCCAUUUUCGAUGGACAUGGAGGGGUGGACGCUGCCACCUACACAGCAACUCACCUCCAUGUUGCCUUGAGUAAACAGGAAAUGCUCCAGAGCGACGCAGCCACUGCCUUUAAAACUGCCUUCAAACGCACAGAUGACAUGUUCAGAGACAAAGCAAAGAGAGAGCGUCUGCGGAGCGGCACUACAGGCGUGGCAGUGCUGAUCCAGGAUCAGGAGCUGACUGUGGCCUGGCUGGGAGACUCUCAAGCAAUGCUGGUCCGAAAGGGAGAAGCUGUAACACUCAUGGACCCCCAUAAACCAGAGAGAGAAGAUGAGAAACAAAGAAUUGAGGAUCUUGGCGGCUGUAUCACCUUCAUGGGUUGCUGGCGUGUUAAUGGCACCUAUGCUGUAUCGAGAGCAAUAGGUGACUUUGACCAGAAGCCCUAUGUAUCUGGAGAUGCUGACUGCUCGACGAUCCAGCUGUCCGGAGACGAGGACUACGUGUUACUGGCGUGUGAUGGCUUCUUUGAUGCAGUCAACCCUUCAGCAGUCCCAGAUCUGGUCUUGGAUGCACUCCAGCAGCCUGGUGACCCUGACGGAGGAGACACUCAGCAGAAACAGUCUGAGGAGAUUAUUGGACUGAGAGUCGCUCAGCAUUUGGUAAGUCAUGCUAAGGCAGCUGGCUCUAGUGAUAACAUAACAGUGAUGGUGGUGUUCCUGCGUUCGCCGAUGCAGUUGCUGUCUCAAGACCCUACCACAGGAACUGCACAAGAUACUGAGGACUCCACUUCCCAAGUUGCUGCAAAGCAGUGAAGGAGGAUAUCUACUGUCUAGACACCACUUUGCUAAGCUACUGCCUGAAUCAGUAUAUGUCAGCCUUUUUGCAAAAAGACAUCCUGCUGACUGACAAAGUUCAUUUGAUGCUAAUGACGCAGCAGGUUGUUGUCACAAUACGUAACUGCUUUGGAGCAAAAUAGCAGAUUCUAGUGUAACUAAAUCAGACCACUUGGUCACAACGGUCUGAUGGAUGCAGGGCGAGAGGAACCUGUACAGCUACCUGUAAUAGAACAGCACAUACUGAGUCCCCAAAUGUGUUCUUACAAUAGGGAUGUGCACUUUUUAUCUCACCAAUAACCAGUACUCAUUAAGUAACCAUUAUCCGACAGGAAACUAUUUUUACAAGGAUUCAUUUUUAAAUGUGCAAACAGCAGGUUAAACAAUAAAAUAGAACAAUAAUUCUACAGUUUUUGAUUUUUGAUUAGGCUACCUAGACUGUGUCCGCCCACCAAAAUCAGAUUUGUCUCCUAUUUACAUACAAGUGUUGCACCGUUGUGUCAUUUUAAAGCUGUGUGCAAUGCUCUUUACAUCACUAUCUGUCUCUUGCCUCUCUCGCUCUCGGACUAUCCAUCAGCAGCAUUGGGAUCAGUCCUGCCGCCGAAGUGCCCCAGUGGACCAUUAAAACAUCCAUUAUGUUUUACCAUCCUGAGCAGUCACGCAAACCUAAUAUUGGUUCUAAUUUUUGCUUUGGUGAUCAUAAAGGUAAACUGCUGCAUGUACAGUUUGCAAUGACAUUAAUCAACCUCCAUAACAUACCAGGCCAAAGCGGACAUCUUGUCUGCUGGUUUUUAUUCCGAAACAGCAACAUGUCCACUUGUGAAUCCUUUGGCAGAGAAUGUUCAAUCAGAUGAUACUGAUGUCCCACAGUAGAGAUGGAGUUUAUCUUAUCUAAGAGUGGUCAGCCACAUUAAACAUAUCUGAUUUUUAAAAGAUUUCUAACUAUUAACUUACUGUAUUAUUCAGUCAAAAUACUUAUUGUCGGUUAGUGGUUAAACUUAAUUAUGCACAUCCCUAUCCCCACAACCCAGAAACUACUAUUGUAGGUAUACCACAUGCCCCAGGUUUGCUGUGCUGGUUUAAAGUUGAAUAUGAUAUCUUUACGACUGUAUGCGUGUAUGAUUUUUAAAGUCUGCUUUAAACAUAUCGGUUGUUUAUCUGUGUGGUAUUGACUGUAAAAAGGGCUUUGUAUCUUCGUGGGAGUUUAGCUGUUGCAAAAUAGUUUCCAUUCAGUUCUGUUUUAUAAGAAAUACUAUUAACAUACACAUUGCAAGUAUUCAGUCUUUGUUUCUGUUAUGGCACAGGAGGAAAACUUUGUUUUUAAAUAUAUUUUAUUGAAAAGAAUGGUCAGCACAUUAUCAGAAUAAUACACAGUAAAUGUGUCCACCUUCCAUUUUUCAUUUUCAUAGUGAACAGUCCCUUCCAUCAAAGCCCCACCACAUCUCCCCCCAUCCAACCCCCCAGCACCCCCCAUGGAACUAUUGUAACCAGGCAGACAAUAUGACAGAAAUGUAUAAUGUGAGGUAAGAGAUGACCCGAAGCGAUUCAUCACAGAAGGCAAAGUAGUUAAGGCAAUUCAAACUGUAGUGCAAAUGUGCGCAUUUGGGAGUAAGUGCCUGAAUAAGUUACAGGCAAUAAUGUCAAAGAAAUUAAAUUAACAUAGCAGAAUCAAAACAAAAGAAAAUAGAAAAUAAGAAAAUGGGAAAAGAAAAAGAAACACUACAGUGACAUUUCUCCAGGGGAGAGCUGGUUAACAUAACUGAUCAGUGGCUUCCAAUGAGAAUCAAAUUUAUCAGAGGAACCUCUGAGCGUGAACUUUAUUUUCUCCCGUUUUAAGAGGAACAGAGUUUAAGAGGCACAGCCAGGCCUUAAAUAAGUGAUGUAAGGGUGAUUUCCACAAAAACAGAAUCUUCCGACGGGCGAUCAGAGAAGUAAAAGUAAUGGCAUUCACCCUUUGACAUUCAAGUCACAAGGGGUCUACUGCAUCCCUCAUCUAAUCUGCCCGGGUAGAUCUUGGUAAGCCUGGCCUGUAGUGAAUUCUAUGUACUGACACAGGAGGAAAACAUUACUGAAGCAGAUGUGUGACAUGAAAGGCCAUAAUGAUUUGAAAUUUAUAAACGGAACACUGAAAUGUGACAUUUAACCACUAUAGAAUACGUAAUGUGUCUGCAUUGAAAAAUUUACUUUUUACGUUUUUUUGAAUGUGUGCUUUGAAUUAAGCUCUUUUGAAAAUUUAAAUUACAUUAUUUCCAAACAUAUAGGUUUUUUUCAGCUUUACAAAUUCACAUAGAACGUUCCAGUGUCCUAAGUUGGCACCACAGUGGCAGAUUUAACUUUAAUAUCUUUAAAAGUGUUUAUGAGUAAUGUCUCCUUUUUUAUCAGAUAGGUAGUCAGAAACAGAUUUUUAUUAUUCGUAGCCAAGUGGCUAAUUAAGCUAAUUAUAGCUUCAUUAGUCUAUCGAAAAUGAUAUCGACCUUCUUCCACAAAUUUCUACCUGUAUGUGGAACACGUAUUUUGUGAAACUCACAGUUGGUAUGUGUGUUGUAGAUUUUCUGAGAAAGCUCAGUGCUGAAUUUUGUGCUAUUUGAACAUAUGAUAUUUUCAAUAUUAAUAAAAUAUAAAUAAACAGGCGACCAGCACUCUGUAGCAGGCAGUAGUAGUAGAUGCCUGUUGCACAGCUCAUUCCACACAGGCAGUUUCAGAAAGGGCACUGCACUACUUGUGCAAAAAUAAUAUGGCUAAGGCUAAUAGCUCAGCGUCUUCAUGAACUACAGAUCUCUGUAUGUAGCAUUGUUCUUUAGCUUUGUGACACAGGCGUCUGGGACCAGCCUCAGAACUUGUUAAUAAGUCUUGGCUUUGGAAAUACUGAAAGCUACUUCUUCAGAUACCAAACCAGUUACCUGAUCAUGCUAGCUUUAGAGCAAAUUAACACAAAGUUAAUUCCAUUUCUUAUCCUUUAAAAGGCUGGGGGGAAAAAAACUUCUCCAAAACAACAUCAAGUAUUUCAAAACGUUUGUGCCGAGAUAAUGUUGCUACGCUAUGAUUCGACAAUUUCUGCAUGGUGAAGGGUUUUAGCAAGUUUAAUUCAAAUCACACACGGAUGGUUUUAACAGAUUUAAUAGUAGAAUAAUCAGUAGAAUUUGAAUGGAACAAUUUUGUGUUUUGCUGUGGUCAAUCACCACGUAGAUUCAUUUGCUUGUAAGAUUCAAAUAAUUCCAGCUUUUCUUUGCUUCCAUAUUUCGGGAAAUAUUGUUAUGACAAGUCUGUUACCUUUAUUUAAACUGUUAUUAUUUUUUGUCAAACUUAAGUUCUCAUUUACCACAUCUACUGUACAGUGUUUUUUCUUCGACUCAGUAUUACAUGCAGUGUUUGGAAAUUACCACGUGUCUUUGAAAAUAACUGUGCAAAAAGGUCUCAGAUGGGUUCUGCAGUGAGAAAUGUUUUAUCACAAGUAGCCUUAACUGUGCUGCACUGGAUUAUAAUCCACUUUCUUUUCUAGCUCUAAUGCCAAACAGUAUGACAAUUAAGUAUUUUACACUGUAUAGGGAUCACUGAGGGAGCAUCAGUGAUCCCAGACUAACUGCGUAAGCUUGUCUGACGGGUGUUGCUUCUUUAACUGGAUCACAAACAGUAUUUCUAACGCAUAAAAUGUUUUUCUUUUUUCUUUUAUACGUUUUUAACAGGUAUUGAUCAUAUUUUAUUGUAAACCUUAAGAUAUCAGCUUUAAUGAUUUUGGGAUGUAUUGAUACUGUUUUGCUCACAAGAUGGUUUGCUGUUUUAAAUAACGACUGAAUAAAAAGCUGUGUGAGUUGAA